AUGGCUGGACUGCCACCUGACGCAGGCCUCGAAGGCCUCGCGGCAGAUGAGCCUGAAUACUUGUACUCCGUCCUCAACCUUCCCAAGACCGCCGCCGACCAGGAGGUCCGCGAGCGCUACCGCCAACUCUCCAUCGUCUUCCACCCGGACAAGCAGACCGAUCCUGCGCACAAGGACGCCGCGGCGGAACGCUUCCUCCAGGUGCAGAAGGCCUAUGAAGGUCCCGAAGGCCUGCAGCUCGUCCGCACCGCCGACUUCGCGAGCGUUCCCGAGGAUGAGUUUGAACGGCAGCUCAGGCGGCAGCAGCUCGAAGCCGACCGGCUGCGUGUCGAACAAGCUCUCAACCCCAAGGGCAGCGUGACGGUCGUGUUUGAUGUGUCGUCGAUCAUCGAUGACCAUUACCUGGAUGAAAACGAUAAGCCCGUGUCAUUAUGGCAAAAUUUCCGGCUUGCUCUCCAAGAUGUGACCAAAUCCUCUAUCGCCCUAAGGCAUAGCAUCCGGCGAGAGAUCAACAAAAAUACUUUGUUGAUUCUCAGCAACAAGCUCACUAUUGGGAAGACUCCUCGGCAGAGUCGCGGCGCAAUUAUCGGAACGGUACAACACCAGUAUUCUCCUCGGUUGAGGUUUCAGGCAACAACGAGCCUGCUCGCUCUCUCUGGUCUGGGCUUCAAAGCAUCGUACAAGGCCGAUAAUUACGUCUUAGCAUGCGAGUCCCAAGUCUCGCGCGCGUUCCUCUUACGCCCUUCCCUGCACCGGUCGCCGGCCAUCCCGCCUGUGACGGUCUCUUACGCCCAGCGUCUCUUUCCCAACUCCAAUACACAAGGUACUCUUGCCGCAUCGUUGACCGGCGCUGGUCCUCGUGUCGUAGUUGGGCUCUCGUCUUCUGAAAUUCACGACAGCCUUCGCGAAGAGGCGACAGACGAGGACGGUGUUCCACCGAGUCUAGCAUUCAGGCCACCUUCAGUGUCUGGCCUCUCGCUCUCCACCAACAGCUGGAACGUUGAGCUCGACCUCGCGGGUCUCCAAAGCGGCGUGGGCGCCCGGUAUUCCGUCUCCUUUAUGGAGCUGGGCGUGGAGCUGCAGGCAUUCAUAAGGCAGGGCUUGAACGGGGUCGUCUGGCUCCUUGGAGGACAGUGGACCCGUGGCCAUGCGGCUGUGGGGGCAUCUGUCAGCGUCAGCGCCGAGGGCGUGGUGCUCAAUAUCGACGCGUCACACUUCGGCCAGACCCUGAGCCUGCCCAUCGUUCUGUCACACAUGGACAACGACGACGUCGCGGUUUGGACGGCGGUCGUGCCGUCGGUUGUACUGGGCGCGCUAUAUUAUUUCAGGCUCCGCCCGCGACGACGCAAGGAGCGGCUCGAGUUCAUACGCGCCGCGCACCGCCGACUCCAAGGGGAGAAGUCGGAGAUCCUGCGCCAGUACCACGAAACCGUCAGUCUCCUGCGGGACGUGGCCGCACGACACACACGCACCGAAGCCGCCUGCGACGGGUUGGUUGUCCAAGAGGCGGUUUAUGGGCCGUCCGAACGGGACGAAGGGACCGAGGGUCUUGAUGUGGACGUCACUGUGCCGCUGCAGGCCCUGGUGAACGCUAGUCAGCUAUACAUCCCAGGGAAACGAAGCAAGGUCGGCAUCCCCGGAUUCCUUGACCCUGUCCCUGGCGUGCCCAAGUCUCUGCGCAUACGCUACAAUUUCCACGGUCGCGAGCAUUACGCAGAGGUGCCGGACCACAGGCCUGUGGUGCUCCCCUUGAAAGGUGCGUUCGCCUCCCAGCCCGUCCUCAUGGCGGUCGAGACGUCGACUCGCGCUUCUUCGCCUUCCCCCGUCCGAGGCCGCGGGCCGCAGACUGAAGUGUUCGGGGCAUUGGCAACGAAUGGUGACGCAAGUUUCUUCAGCCAGUGCCUCGACCUUCCCGGUAGUGCACACUGCUGCCGUCAUUGGCACUGCAUGGGCCGCGAGGAUCCUGGCCGGGGUUGA